AUGCCUCCUGCAAUGCAUCCGAAGUCUUUCUCGACAGCUAGUCUCUUCACAUCUACUGCCGUAUUAGCAUUCCUUGUUGUGGCAGCUCCACAUAUACUACCAUGCCCCGCUACGGGCCCCGAGCGCGCCGAAUCGGCUUCAACUCCUACAACUCUCUUGCAAGACAAGCAGCGCAGGAAAAGGCGAAAAUGCCCAUUGCCACGACCAACUCCAGGAGGACUUAUUGGAGAAGUGUUGGGAAAGAAAGAGGUUGGGGCAGUUGCGAAGGAAAUUGAGGCAUUUAAGGGGAAGAAAAUUGUGUUCGAAAAACGGACAGGAGAAGGCAGGUAG